AUGGAGAAGUCUAACUCUUCAGCAUAUGAAUGGACAUAUGAAUAUUACUAUGAUUACCUGGAUCCUGUAGCUGUGGAUGCAAGUAAACUCAAAUACAAUAGAUAUUCUAUCGUUAUAAUAUUCUGGAUCACUAUGGCUGCCUUUAUUGGACUAUUAUUCUUGAUUCUGUCAAGUAUCUCAGGAACUAAGCAGCUCCCAAGGCAUCAGAGUGGUAGGAGAAAGCCAAGAAGAGAAAGAAAUUCUUCCUCUAAAACUGUGGUGUGA